GAGUGUCCAUUAUAAUUUGUGUUCGAUGAUUUCGCAAAUUGUCUAAGAAAUAAAAGCACGGUGUUGCUUGUUCAUUGGUUCAGUCGAAAGUAAUUCGCAAUAGAUAGCACAUAUAUCGGAGCGAUUGGGCUCGACAAACGGAAAUCUUGUCGCGAACAGCAUCAUUUUGGUAAAUCCAACUAAAGUUGUAGAAAAGAGCUUAAAUUUGGAAUUUCUGGUUAGGUGGCAUUCAACAGGUUCUUAAAGUUAUUUCGAGCCUUUCAGCGACACAAGAAGAAGAAGAAGAAAAAGAGACGACGAAGUGAAAAAAAAAAAACGUUCAAUCUACGCUUCAUUUGAGACUGUCGAAAAAUGGCUAUAUUUUUUAGACAUCACGUUUUUGCCAUUUUCGCUGUUUUAUUAUCGACCACAGUGCUUGUUAAAAGUUUGCCUACGUCGGUGUUAGUUGAUGCAAAGCAACAGCAAAGUGAAUCGUCAUCGUCAGCCUCCUCAUUGAAUAAAGAGAACCAUCCAACAAAUGUUAAGAGCAGUCAAUCAUCGCUCGAACAUGGAAACCCAAUUAUUGCUGACAGAGCCCAACCAAAGCUACACGCACAGAAACGUGGAGUCAAGCAAAAUUUCUAUGAGCCUGGCAUGCCGAGUGACCUACUAUUCAACAAUAACAUUCCAGCCGGCAAUUGGGACGAUCCUGAGGAAAAUUCACCAUAUGCUGAAUUCCAAGACUUAGAAGACUAUCCACAAUACUAUCAGCCUCCAUUUUCAGCACCCCAUCAUCCACGACCGUACGAUAAUUUCCAGCACAUAAUGAGUACGGAUAAUUUAUACGAUGAACCAUUGGCAUUACCAGUCAAAUACAAAUAUCCAACGCGUUACUUUGACGAACGACGUAAGCGUGGCGUCAAUAAAAGCAUCAUGAGAUUGAAACGUGAUUCGACCAAGUUGAAUUCAGCGGAUAUGCUAGCACUUUUAUCGUUUCUUGAGGCAAACCAACGCAAUCGCUAUGACAACGGCAACAGUAACGAUGAGAUAAAUGCCUUAGAAUAUCCAAAACCAUUCUAUGGGCCAUACGGUGUUAAUAAUGAUGAUGACAUUGUUAACAGCGGUGAAUGGUGGAACGAAUGGAUCGAGCCAUCUGUUCAGUAUUACGGUGGUGGUAAUGCACGCGGCAAUGGACGUUUCGAUGAAAAUCCAAGAAAACGCCCCACAUCAACAGUAUUCCCAGUGAAGCGGUUCAUGGUCGCCAAAAAGAAACGUGCAAACCAACAUCAUGUAUCUGACGAUAAUAUUGCUGCUGCUGUUGCCGAUGAUGCUAAAGAUUUAAAGAAAAAGUCACUGUUUGGCUCUUCAUUUGGCGUUGACAUCAAUCCACGAUGGACAAGCGCCUAAAUUUUUUUAGAAAAAAAUCGAUCAACUAUUUUUUCUCUCUCCGAACAUUAAAUUUGGAUCAACGCAUCAAACAACAAAAAGAAAAUCAAUGACGACACAAGGAAUUUUUCUAUACUGAAAAAAAAAAAUACAAAUGGCAUAACGAAAAACGAUUUCCAUUUAGUUAGCAUAUAAGAAUAAGAAGAAAAACUGCUGACCGACUUUAAUUGAUUUUGAUCCUAAUUUUACGUACCUUUUUUUAUUGGCAUUUCUCUCUUUCUCUGUCUUUUGCACAAAAAGCAGCACUUUUUUUCUUAUGUAUCCAAAUAUUGUUAUUUGGACAUUGGAUUGAGUAUGUAUGAUGUAUGUGUGUGUGGAUAUCUCCUGAAAACCAUCCAAUCUCCCUUAAAUACAAAUAAACUACAUAAAAUAUAUUUGUACGUUGUAAGUUUUUUUUCCCGUUAAUAUGACGAUAUGUACUUAUGAGAAAAUCCAUUUAAAUAAAAACACAACACUUUAAUGAAUUUACAUAAAAGCAUACCAUUUUAUGGAUUGAUAUAUAUAUACACUCGUUUAGAUGUGUAUAUUUUAUUGUACAAUGGCAUAUUAUGAAAUAAAAUAAAGUUAUAUUUUUGUGUCUAACUGUCAA